AUGUCUAGGCUUAUGCAUAACAACUCUGGCUUUGGGUGGGACCCAAUUGUAGAGACGUUCACUACUAAUGAUGAAGUAUGGAAAGAUUACUUGAAGUCCCACCCAAGUCACAGUAAACUUCGGGAAAAACGUGUAGUUGAUUAUGAUGAUUUGAAGAUUGUCGUUGGGGGUGGAACUACUACUUGGAAUGGCUCCAUUGCAUUGGGCGUUGAUGAUACCAAUGUAACAACUUAUGGGGUUGAAGAAAUAGAGAAAAUGAUUUGUUUAUUGGAAAAGAAAAUGAUUUGUUUGUUGGAAAAGAAAAUGAAAUAA